AUGGAUGAAGUAUCAGUUUCUUCAAUAAUGCAAAAUACGUAUUUUAUAAAAGUUGGAAUAUUUGACAUUCAGGGACCAGGAAUUAUCACUAGCUCUAAUUUCGAAAAUGUGUUUAAAUACCAGAUAAUCAUGUGUGCCAUUACUCGCUUUUGUUUUUUACUGUAUAGAUAUAUUGACCUAGUGAAUCACUACAAUGCAUUGUCUUAUGAUUCUCCAGUAUUUGCCAAUCUAGUUUUUUGGCGUUGUCAACAGUUAUGUCAUGUGAAAUAUAGACGUGCACUAUGGGGUGAACAUCAACAAGUUUUAAAUUCACUUCGUAUUGUUUUAAAUCAGCUAUUUAUACAAUAA